GGAGGCUGUCUCGGGACAGACGGACAGACCGCGGGCGGACAGACGGACAGGCACGGGAGGCGCGCGAUGGCCGCGGCUGCAGAGCCCUGUGUGGGACAGGGAGUCUGGAACUGGACAGAGCCUGAACCCAUUGCUGCCCACCUACUGAACGUGUGCUUCCUGAAAACGGCAGGGAUCUGGGUACCCCCGAUGUACCUCUGGGUCCUUGGCCCCGUCUACCUCCUCUACAUCCAUCGCCACGGCAACAACUACCUCCGGAUGUCCCCGCUCUUCAAGGCCAAAAUGGUGCUUGGGCUUGCCCUCAUCAUCCUGUGCACGUCCAGCGUGUCUGUGGCUCUCUGGAGAAUCCAGCAGGGAGCACCCCAGGCCCCAGAAUUCCUCAUUCAUCCUACUGUGUGGCUCACCACGACGAGCUUCGCCAUGUUCCUGGUCCACACGGAGAGGAAGAAAGGGGUCCGGGCAUCGGGGCUGCUGUUUGGAUACUGGCUUCUCUGCUUUCUCUUGCCAGUGACCACUGCUGCCCAGCUGGCCUCGCAAGGGGGCUUCCAGAGUGACCCCUACUACCACCUGUCGACCUACCUGUGCUUGUCUCUGGUGCUGGCACAGUUUGUGCUGUCCUGCCUCGUCGAUCAACCCCCCUUCUUCCCUAAAGACCCCCAACAGUCUAAUCCAUGCCCAGAGGCUGGAGCUUCCUUCCCCUCCAAGGCCAUGUUCUGGUGGGUUUCUGGGCUGGUCUGGAGAGGCUACAGGAGGCCGCUUGGGCCAAAAGACCUCUGGUCACUUGGGCGAGAAAACUCCUCAAAAGAAAUUGUUUCCCAGCUUGAGAGGGCAUGGACGAGAAACCGCAGUGCGGCCCAGCGAGUGCUUCGCAGCUUCCAAGAGGACACAGGCAUGAAUCUCUCCGGGGGCCAGAAGCAGCGACUGAGCCUGGCCCGGGCCGUGUACAGGAAGGCCGCUGUGUAUCUGCUGGAUGACCCCCUGGCGGCCCUGGAUGCCCACGUCGGCCAGCAGGUCUUCAACCAGGUCAUUGGGCCCGACGGGCUGCUCCAGGGAACAACACGGAUUCUCGUGACCCACGCACUCCACGUCCUGCCCCAGGUUGAUUGGAUCGUGGUGCUGGAAGACGGAGCCAUUGCAGAGAUGGGUUCCUACCAGGAGCUUCUACGCAGGAAGGGGGCCCUGGUGGGCCUUCUGGAUGCAGCCAGAAGGCCAGGAGAUACAGGAGAUGGAGAAACAGAACUCACGACUGAUGCCAAGGACCCCAGAGACCCUGCUGGAAGUGGGAGGCCCGAGGGUGGACCCGAGAGUGACAGGUCCAUGAAGUUGUUGGUCUCUGAGAAGGACAGAGCCACUUCAGAGGCCCAGCCAGGGGCUCCCCUGGAUGAUCCACAGUGGGCAGGAUGGUCAACAGGAGAGGAUGGCAUCCAGUAUGGCAGGGUGAGGGCCACCAUGCACCUGACCUACCUACGGGCUGUGGGUGCCCCACUGUGCCUCUAUGCACUGUUCCUCUUCCUCUGCCAGCAAGUGGCCUCCUUCUGCCGUGGCUACUGGCUGAGCCUGUGGGCCGACGACCCCACUGUGGACGGGCGACAGACCCAGGCGGCUCUGCGUGGCUGGAUCUUCGGGCUCCUGGGCUGCCUCCAAGCCAUUGGGCUGUUUGCGUCCAUGGCCAUGGUGCUCCUGGCAGGAAUCCGGGCAUCCAGACUGCUUUUCCAGAGGCUUCUGUGGGAUGUGGCACAGUGUCCCAUCGGCUUCUUUGAGCGGACGCCCAUCGGGAACUUGCUGAAUCGCUUCUCUAAGGAAACAGACACAGUAGAUGUGGAUAUCCCAGACAAACUCCGGUCCUUGCUGAUUUAUGCCUUUGGACUGCUGGAGGUCAGCCUGGUGGUGACGGUGACCACCCCUCUGGCUAUUGUCGCCUUCCUGCCGUUGCUGGUCCUCUAUGCUGGGUUUCAGAGCCUGUACGUGGCCAGCUUAUGCCAGCUCAGACGCCUCGAGUCAGCCAGGCACUCGUUCGUGUGUUCCCACGUGGCCGACACGUUCCAGGGCAUCACAGUGGUCAGAGCCUUCCAGGCCCAGUGCCCCUUUGUGGCUCAGAAUGACAUGCACGUGGAUGAAAGCCAGAGAGUCAGUUUCCCGCGGCUGGUGGCUGACAGGUGGCUGGCUACCAACCUGGAGCUCCUGGGGAACGUGCUGGUGUUGGCAGCCGCCAUGUGUGCUGUGCUGAGCAAGGCCCACCUUAGCGCCGGCCUCGUGGGCUUCUCUGUUUCCGCUGCCCUCCAGGUGACCCAGACACUGCAGUGGGCUGUUCGCAGCUGGACAGACCUGGAGAGCAGCAUCGUGUCGGUAGAGCGGAUGAAGGACUAUGUCCAGACGCCCAAGGAGGCGCCCUGGAGGCUACCCACCUGUGCAGACCGGUCCCCCUGGCCUCACGGGGGGCAGAUCGAGUUCCGGGACUUUGGCCUGAGAUACAGACCUGAGCUCCCACUGGCCGUUCGGGGUGUGUCCUUCAAGAUCGAAGCCGGAGAGAAGGUGGGCAUCGUUGGCAGGACAGGGGCCGGGAAGUCCUCCCUGGCCGGGGGCCUCCUGCGGCUCCUGGAGGCGGCCGAGGGUGGGAUUUGGAUCGACGGGGUCCCCAUCACCCACGUAGGGCUGCACACGCUGCGGUCCAGGAUCACCAUCAUCCCCCAGGACCCCACCCUGUUCCCUGGCUCGCUUCGGAUGAAUCUGGACAUGCUGCAGGAGCACCCGGACCAAGCCGUCUGGGAGGCCUUGGACACGGUGCAGCUCAGAGCCCUGGUGGCCAGCCUGCCUGGCCAGCUGCAGUAUGAGUGUGCUGACCAAGGUUGCAACCUGAGUGUGGGCCAGAAGCAGCUCCUGUGUCUGGCACGUGCCCUUCUCCGGAAAACCCAGAUCCUCAUCCUGGACGAGGCCACAGCCGCCGUGGACCCGGGGACGGAGCUCCAGAUGCAGGCCGCCCUCAGGAGCUCGUUUGCCCAGUGCACAGUGCUGGUCAUUGCCCACCGCCUGCGCUCUGUGAUGGACUGCGCCAGGGUGCUGGUCAUGGACAAGGGGCAGGUGGCAGAGAGUGGCAGCCCGGUCCAGCUGCUGGCCCAGAAGGGCCUGUUUCACAGGCUGGCACAGGAGUCAGGCCUAGUCUGAGCCCUCUGCCCUCGCCUCGCCAACCCGGAGAGACUGCUGUGCCUUGGAGGUACAGGUGACCCAGGGGUCGUCAGUGGCACCUCAGUAUUGGAUCUAGACCCCUCUGAUCUCUGGGAGGAAAAUGGCAGAGAAAAUGGCCGAUCAUCACAAACCCAGGAGGACACAGCAACACCCAGGUUGGCCUGAUGAGGGCUCAUCCCGCCGCAUCCACCCUGGAGGGGCUCCCUGUGCUGCCCGCCCGUUGGCCUCACCUGAGGACCUUGGAAACCUGCACAUGUCUGGGCUCCACCGCAGACCAAAGAAAUCAGCAUCUCUGGGGCUGGGGGGGGGCUGGGACCGUGGUGUGUGUGUGCCUUUUACAAACCACCCCCUUAAUUCUGAGAUGGUUGUCGAGUGACAAGCC